AUGUUGGUCCGUUCCAGGGUGUGUUUGCAGACAAUCGCUAGAGGGUUGGUAGACUUUCCAGAAGCUUAUGCUAUUAGGAAAAAAUUUCUCUUCAGGAAAGAUACCUCGACCAUCAAACAGCUGAAAGGGCUACCCAGUGGCCAAAAAAUAGUGCUCAAUGGGUGGAUAGAGCAGAAGCCAAAAAGAAUAGGGAAAAAUCUGAUCUUCGGACUCUUAAGGGACUGCAACGGUGACAUUAUCCAGUUAGUCGAUAGCAAAUCGUUGCUGAAAGGCUUUACUUUAGAGGAUGUGAUUCAGGCCGAAGGUGUACUCUCUUUGAAGAGGAAGCUGUCAAAUGAGGAUGCAGAUGAGUACGAAGUGCAAUUGGAAGAUAUUAUUGUGUUAAAUGCUUCCAAUAAAAAACCUGCGCAAAUGCAGGAUUUCAAAUUGUCAGCCAUAUACCCACCUGAGUUCCGCUAUUUACAACUGAGAAAUCACAAAUAUCAAGAGUUUUUAAAGAAGAGGUCCUCUAUCUCUAAGGAGAUAAGAAAUUCCUUUAAUAAUUUGAACUUUACGGAGGUUGAAACGCCAAUGUUAUUUAAAGCUACCCCAGAAGGCGCAAGAGAGUUUUUAGUUCCAACAAGGAUAAAGAGAUCUGAUGGUAAACCAUCAUUUUAUGCUCUAGACCAGAGCCCUCAACAAUACAAACAACUUCUAAUGGCUGGUGGCAUCAACAAAUAUUAUCAAAUGGCAAGGUGCUUCAGAGAUGAAGACUUGAGAGCGGACAGGCAGCCUGAGUUCACACAGGUUGAUAUGGAAAUGGCCUUUGCUGAUUCUGAAGAUGUCAUGAAAGUCAUUGAAAAAACCGUUUCUGAAGUAUGGAGUAAAUUCUCCAAAAAGCAAGGUUUAUUGACUUUAGACGGUAACGGUACAUUAGUGCCUGCAAAAAAAGAAGAUGGCACGGUAUCUGUCUUCCGUAUGACUUAUGAACAAGCAAUGUCUCUAUACGGUAUUGACAAACCGGACCUGAGAGCGCCAGAUUUGAAGAUUAUCAAUCUAGGCGAGUUCAAUGCCUUUAGUCAUUUGAACAAAAAGUUCCCCGUUUUCGAAGUAAUGAUUUUAAGAAACGCUUUUUCAAAUAUGAAAGAGUACAAAGAACGAUGGUCGUUUCUGACAAAUAACAAUAAUUACAACUACAGAGUCCCAAUAGUGCUGCCAAUUGAAAAUGACGAACAAGCCCAAACAAGUUGGUUUGAAAAUUUUCAUGCAAUUGCCACUUUUGAAAACCCACAUCUAAUAACCAAGUUUCUGAAAUUAAAAAAAGGUGAUAUUGUAUGCGGUUGUACAAGAGAACCAAACCAUUCCAUUUUUGAAAAUCCCACUCCUCUGGGAAGAUUGAGACAGUUGGUCUUGCAAAGUGAGCAUGGGAAAAAUCUUUAUCAUAAUGUCAAUAAGGAUGUUGCUUCAUGGAUUGUUGAUUUCCCGUUAUUUUCUCCCGUUAUAAUUGAAAACAAGCCUGGUCAAAAAGAAAAGUUUGCAUAUCCGGAGUAUGAAAAGGAUAGACUAUGUUCCACGCAUCAUCCUUUUACUAUGGUGAAACUUAACGACUACGAAAAAUUAGAGGAGACGCCAGAAAAGUGCUUGGGUCAGCAUUAUGACCUUGUAGUUAACGGUGUGGAGCUUGGUGGGGGCUCAACAAGAGUCCACGAUCCAAGAUUGCAAGACUAUAUUUUCGAGAAUAUUCUCAAGAUAGAUAAUGCAUAUGAACUAUUUGGUCAUUUACUGAACGCUUUCGAUAUGGGUACACCACCACACGCUGGAUUUGCUAUUGGUUUUGAUCGGAUGUGCGCCAUGAUCUGUGGGACUGAGAGUAUAAGGGAUGUAAUUGCCUUCCCGAAAAGUAUUACUGGAGCAGAUUUAGUUGUCAAGAGCCCAAGUGUGGUACCUGAAAGGGUUCUGGAACCUUAUAAUAUCAAAUAUAGCAAUUCAAAAAAGUGA